AUGAGUGGCCCAACAGAGCAGAUUCUCGUAACUGCUGUUCAUCUCACUUCUGAUGGGUUUCUCCAGGUCUGGGGGAAUUCUGCGCUGAAGGAGCGCUCAGAAUACUCCAUUCCUUCCAAUAGAGAAGCAAUACUUGAAGGAACAUCGCCUUCUUUGAACGCCAUCUCUCCGGACAAAAUCUACCUCUCACUUGACCCCGAAGAUGGCUACUGGUACCGCUGCCGCGUUCUGGAGCUCGUCGACCGGACCCACAUGAACUACGCUCGCCUUCUCUUCAUCGACACUGGCGGCCAAACGACCAAGUCCUACGCGGAUCUAAUCGUCACGGACGACGAAAACCUCCUCGGCGCCGCAAAAUGCUUCCAGCUCAAGGGAAUCAAGCCUCCUCAGUCGAACGAGCUCUGGUGCGAAAUCGCAAUGGACGCGCUUGGCACACUGUUGCACCACACUGUCUUAAUUGAAGACAUCACUGUUCGGCGAAGCGAAGGGCCGAGAAAUAUCGACCUUUAUGUAGGCGAAUGUCAGGAUGUCUUGCGAACACUGUUCACGUAUAAAGUCGCGAAAUACGCCCCAACAAACGGAGAAAGAAAGCCAGAAAAUGUCCGCAUCUGGCACAUUGAAUCGCCCCUCAGCUUCUGGGUCGUUCCGGUUUCUUCGGAGGGCGACGCGAGGCUGCUAGAAUACAUCAUCAACCACGAGCACUAUACUUCGAAAAUCAAGCCAUUGCACAAGAAAUCAAUCCGCCGCGGUGUCCUCUGUCUCGUUUACAGUAAACAUAUCAGCCCAUAUUAUCAGUUCGACAAACAAUCCUUUGCCAACCGCGACGAUGAUCGGAUACUCGCCCGCGGGCACAUUCUUUACGUCGAGAAACAAGUUGACGAAGGCUGCGUAGUUGUUCAACUGGUCGAUUAUGGACGACGAGAGCGAAUUCCCUUCACUCAAAUUUACGAAAUCACUCAAAUCAGCGACAUUGUCAAGGUUCAUCCUCCGAUGGUGAAGAAAUACGCUCUGCAAGGGUUGAAAUCUCGAGUUCGAUGCGCAAAAAUGGCUUGCCCCUUUGCCCAGAAAAUUGUGAAGCAAGCAAAGGCUGACUUUUACGAUUUCGCUCACUACGCAGUUGAAGGUGACGAAGUAGCAGAAAGGCGAAUCUUCGAAUCUGUGCCAUCUACUAAAGAUCCUACUCGAACAGACCUGUUUUUUGACGGGAACAACUUGUGUGAGGAAUUGAUCUCCGAGUAUAUGUGGAAUGUACAUGACUGUGGAUAUUCUACCGCUUCGAGUGACGAGUCAGAAAAGAUGGAAACAGUUCAAGUCUCGCCUGGGGUCCUUUACGAUGUAAAGAUUGAAAACGUCGACGAAUAUAGCGAAAAUGGAAAUGGUGUUUACGCGAUUCUAACUGAAUUCGAAGAACAACUUUCUUCCCUGAAUGAAAAACUAACCCAGGCAAAUUUGGAGGCCAUGAGAGACGAAGACAUAACUGCUGGUCGAGCGUGUGUGGCACUUUGGGAGAAAGACCAGAGAAAGUACGCGUAUCGAGCGGAAAUUCUAGGCGUCUACAGCGAAAGAACAGUCGUUCAUCUUCUAGAUAGCGGAACAAGAAUUAUUAUUUCGAGACUCGAUCCCAGCGAAAAUCUCUUUUACUUGCCCCCAGAAUUCAAACAACUGCCAAAACAAGCGAUUCGCUGCACCUUGCUUCGCAAAAUGAGCGGUGACUACAGAAGUCAUGAUGGUGGAAUUACGAGAGAGUUAAUGGAGAUUCAACAGGAUGAGCGUGUUGUGGGCAUGGAAGUUCUCAAGGAGGUAUUACUGCCGUCUUCAUCCUGGACCACCGAAGUGAAGUACGAAUCGCCACACCAGGAGACUUGA